AAGAGACCAUUGGCGAGAGACUCUCUGGGAGCGCCCUGAGCUACUACCCCCAUGAUGUGCCGCGAUUGUUACCUGAAGCGCCAUUGGUCCCCGGGGCCAUACGGACGCAGGAAGAUGUAGUCGCUUCCUCCCUGGCGCGGUUGCCGGGGCAACGGUACCCCGAGACCGGAAUUCGAGGCUGCGAUCCAUUCAGGGCUGGCAUCUGUGAGGAAAAGCAGCUGCGGUGCCUUUGCCUCCAGUGAGCCUCCUUGGAUGGAGGGCAUGGGAGACCCAAUCUUGCACAGACGCCCUGCCCAGGCAGCCCCUACGGCUAGCAGGUUCAUAAAGCGAGACCAAAGCAGGGGUGUGAAGCUCUUCAGCGCCCCAGAGCCUUCGGGCCAGGGGAGGGGGCCCUGGCUGAGCUCGGGCGGGUCCCCCGCCACCGCCCUGGCCACCAACACCGCCAUGGCUACUGGGUCACGGGUCCGGGCCAGUGCAGUGCUCCGGAAGGUGGCCCAGAUGGAAAGCAAGAUCCUGAGCCGGGCGAAGGCAUGUGCAACACAGCGGGACACGGAGUCAGACCCCAAGAAGGGAGAGGACGUGGCCCACGGGGGCACUAACAAGCCCCUGUCACGGGAGGUGCCGGGGACCUUCCAGACACGAGCCCGUGAGGCCUCCACGGCUGAGAGCCCAGCGCCAGGUGCGGAGGGCAGGAGAUUCCUGAAGACCAAGGGACCGGCUGUGGGGGACAGGGCUCCAGACACUCAGCGUGGCACGGAGGGGAUGCCGCGCGUGUCCCGGCGAGGGGGCCCAGCCAGGAAGCUGAAUUCUCGGGACAGUGAUGAAGAGGAGAUGCAAGUCUUGCUGGGGAGCCUGGCGGAGCCUUCCAGAGAAGCGAGCGGCCAGCUGGGGCUGCCUGGCAGUAAGGUCAGCCAGCCGGGACCUACAGCAACGCCCUCGACCCACGCCCCCCGCAUGGUGUCACUCUCCACCUCGGGCACCUCGGCCGAGUCGGCGUCCUGCACCGCGGUGCCCAGCCCGCUCGCCUGCUCCCCGCGGAGGAGUGCCAUGGGGCCCGACGACAGCGAUGGCGACAGCAGCCUCACCGAUUUUAGGAUCAAUAUUUUGUCACUUGAGGAUCUGGCUCCAGCCGUCAGUGAGAAAUCAGACUUGGAACGGAAAGGAGCCGGUGCCAGCGGAGAGAAGCCCUCAGGCAGCAGCCUUGCGGCCCAGGCAGCUGCUCCUGCUCAGCUGGGAGGGCCAGGGCGUCCCCAGCCGCAGAGCCUGGCAUCUCAGAGUGCGGCCACCUCUGGGGCUGGAGACGAGGGUGUCCCCACCGAGAGCGAGGACACGGAGGGCCUGGGUGGCAGCGGGUCCAGCGGCAGGCCGUGCUCUGAGGUGAGCACUGUAUACUCGGGGGACUUCGAACGCUCACCUGGCGCCUCCGAGGAUGCUCCCGACGGAACACUGGACACCGUGUCCUCCAGGACAGGGACAGUGCUCCUCCCCAGACCACCCUCGUCCAGGCGGCCCCAGGCCAGGCCUGCAGCCAGGGCCAUGAUGAAAGAGAUGGCGGUGCAGACCCUGGAUGCCUUUGCUGGCCUGUGGACUGAGGCCACAGGGCCCGGCAGCGCCCUGGGAGGUUCCUACGUGGACCCGGCCCCCAUCGCCCCUCACGUGCUCGGCGCAGACGCCAUCGAAGCCCUGACAGCUCACAGCCCGGCAGCCGCAGCACUUGACGACCUGCUGAGGCAGCAGCUGCACCUGACCCGGCAGUUCAUUCAGGCCAGCCACCACCUGCACGCGUCGCUCCUGCAGUCACUGGACAGGGACACCUUCCACUACCACAGCCUGGAGGAGGCCAAGGAGGUGGCCAGGCACCGCAGGCACAGCGCACAGACCGGGGAGGACGUCCUGCAGGGGCCGGCAGAGGAGCCGUGAGCCCCGGAUGACAGCUGGGCAUCAGGCGUGGUCCCAAGCCAAGAAAUGGCCGUGAGCUGGGCGGCUAUGCGAGGGGAGGGCAGCACCCAGGCCAGAAUCGCAGCAGGCGACAGCGAGGUCCCGAGGAGGCCCGGGUCACACGUAUGUGGGGCCGGGCUUUAAAAAAGGGCUUUAUUGGAAGGCAAAACAGUAAAAUUCACCAGAAAAUGUUAACAGAACGCGUUUUGUCGUGUAUCGGACAUGCCCGAACGAGU